AUGCCUUCUACCAAAAAUACGAACGAAUCUGACGAUGAUAAAGAUGACUUUGACUCAUUGUGCACAUGGAAAAAGUUGAAAUCACUCUCGUCUCAAAUCCAAGAAUACUCGUCUGUUGCUGGAGAUAAAGACGCGGACAACUCGUACUAUGUGAUCAUGCUGAAUGCGUGCAAGAAAUACCACGACGACGACAGCACCCAAAAGGAUAAGGAUGACGCAAAGCAAACGAUAAUGGAUGCCACCUCGGAGUUACUUGAGGACAUGGCCCCGAUGCAAACUUACCUUAGCAAGAUCCAGACUGCGCUGGGAGACUUUGACAACAGCUGCCAGGCAAAUCAAGCCUCACUCGAGACGCUCGAACAAACGAUGUCCGCCACUCUAGAGGACCAGUUUGGCGACAUCAAGGACCUGCUAAAGGAUAUCGACAAGUUGCGGGGCGAUGUAGACGCAGACCAGCAUGUGAUCGAUAAAGAUCGCAUGAACGAGGAACUAACGGCGGCCUACGUUUGGAUUCCUGUGGCUGGAACCAUUGCUGGCGUGGUCAUGUGGACCAAAUACCAGAAUGAGAUCAAUGCUUAUCAAGACAAAAUUGACAAUUUGGAGGCGCAAAUCGAAUCGGACGAGGCCAAAGUGAAAGCGCACAUAUCACUCAUGGGGAUUGUGACUAGCAUGAAGAUAAGUAGCCUCAUCGGCCCGGCAAAGACAACCAUUGAAGAGAUACAAGGCGGUUGGGAUGUGAUGGGCAACAUGCUGCAAGACCUCUAUGACAACGCGGCGAAGUUCGAAGACAAAAUCCCUACAAUGACAAUCGACUGUGCGAAGCUCAACACAAUCUCCCAGGAGUGGAGGGAUCUCUAUGUUUACGUAAACACCUAUGUUAGCCAGGCUGAUCUUACCCCCGAUCUCAAAGUCAAAUCACUCGACGACUAUAAGAAGGAAUUGCAUGAGGCCUCCUCUAAACAGAGGUCUUAG